GGGGCAAGGGUAUAGGAAUAGGAGAGUUAGGGGGAAAUGCGAUAGAAUAGAAAGGGGGGCGAUCUAGAGAUUUGGAAGCGGAGAAAGGAAUGUCGUCAGGGAGCAGUAGGAUUAGAGGAGGAGGAGGAGAGAAGAGCGGCGUGGGUGUGGUGGUGCCGUCGAGCUCACGGUUCGUGACUCAGACGGUGAACGGGUCCCACCAGUUCCUCAUCAAAGGCUACUCUCUCGCCAAAGGCAUCGGCGUCGGAAAACACAUUGCCAGCGAGAAUUUCACCAUCGGCGGUUACCAGUGGGCCAUCUACUUCUACCCCGACGGCAAAAACCCCGAGGACAACUCCGCCUACGUCUCCGUCUUCAUUGCCCUCGCCAGCGAAGGCACCGAUGUCCGAGCCCUCUUCGAGUUGACCCUCCUCGAUCAGGGCCCCGACGCCAAGCACAAGGUCCAUUCCCAUUUCGAUCGAUCCCUCGAGAGCGGGCCCUACACUCUCAAGUACAGAGGCAGCAUGUGGGGCUACAAACGCUUUUACCGACGCACCAUGCUUGAAUCCUCCACCUUCCUCAAGGAUGAUUGCCUCAAAAUUAACUGCACCGUCGGCGUUGUGGUUUCUGCCAUUGAUAGUUCCAGACUGCACUCCAUUGAUGUCCCUGACUCUGACAUCGGAGCACAUUUCGGUAUGUUUUUGGAGAACGGGGAAGGCUCUGAUGUUACUUUCAAUGUCUCCGGGGUUAAGUUUCCUGCUCACAAGCUCGUAUUGGCUGCUCGUUCCCCCGAAUUCGAGAAUGAGUUCUUUACUGGACUCGAAGACGACGACAAUCAGGAGAUACUGGUUGACCAUAUGGAGCCCAAAGUCUUUAAGGCUUUGCUUCACUUCUUAUAUACAGAUAAUCUUAUUGAGGAUGAGGAGUUGUCAGAGUCAAGUUCAUCUUGCAUGCAUUCUUUAUCCGACAUAUUAGCUGCAAAGUUGCUAGCUGCAGCAGACAAAUAUGGCUUAACAAGGCUUCGACUCAUGUGUGAAUCUGUUCUCUGCAAGGAUAUAUCUGUCAAUUCUGUUGCCAAUAUCCUUGCCUUAGCUGAUCGCUAUUCUGCUGUCGAACUAAAAUCUGUUUGCCUCAAGUUUGCUGCUGAAAAUCUAGUCGCUGUCAUGGAAACGGAUGGUUUUGAGUUGCUCAAGGAAAACUGUCCACUGCUGCAGUCAGAGCUUCUGAAGACAGUUGCAGGAAGUGAGGAGGAACUAAGCGGAGGGGGAAAGAGUCAAAGCGUAUGGGCGCAGUUUUCAGAUGGUGGGAAUUCAAAUGAUAGACGUGCAAGACAACAGACCCUGCAAAAUGGAGAGAGAGGUCAGAGAAUUUGGGUCCAGUCUUUGGAUGGCAGUGAUGCUAGAGGAAUGAGUCCUGGGCAAGAAGGUUGAUAUGCUAAAAUAAGUUGUAUCAGUUUGUUGGUGACACAUAUGGCAGAUAGAAAUGUAAAAAGAAGAGAAACACAAGAAACCAGAUAUUGCCCUGUAAUUUUUCUUCUGUUUGUGCUGUAUUAGCAAUAAGAGGUGGGAUCUUAAGUUUGAACUA